AAAGUUUGCGUUCUAAGGAUUAUCUCUAACAGUUCCAUUGCCUAUUGGUUUCUUUAACAUCAGUCUUAAGGCAAGGGAUAUGGGAGGUGGGAAGGACAAGCAUGAUGAGGAAUCUGACAAAGGCUUUGGACAUCACCAUGGACAUUACCCCCCACAACCUGGGGCUUACGCUUACCCCCCACAACCUGGGGCAUACCCUCCACAAGGUUACCCUCCUCAAGGAUAUCCUCCACAGGGUUACCCUCCUCAAGGAUAUCCUCCACAAGGCUACCCACCAGCAGGAUAUCCCCCUCCUGGUGCUUACCCUCCAGCUGGUUAUCCAGGCCCGUCUGAUCCACAUCAUUCAGGGCAUGGACCUGGAAUGGGUACAUUGCUAGCGGGUGGUGCUGCUGCUGCCGCUGCCGCUUAUGGAGCCCACCAUAUGUCUCAUGGUUCCCAACAUAUGCCACAUGGUUAUGGUCAAAUGGCAUAUGGAUCUGUUCAUCAAUCACAUGGAGCCCAUUAUCAACAUGGUAAGCAUGGCAAGUUCAAGCACGGGAAGCAUGGACACUUUGGUGGAAAGCAUGGUGGGAAGUUCAAAAAGCAUGGGGGAAAGUUCAAGAAGUGGAAGUAAAUCUUGCUAUUAGCAAGAAACGGCCUUGGUAGUACCUUUCUCUCCUGCAUUUUCUGAUUCUGGAUUUAGAACUCUUCUUUUUCCAUGAAGGCCUGAAGUCCUCUUUGAGGGC